GGGGUUUCAUCUUCGUGUGUUUCUCUCUUUAGCUGGCUAUGAAGGGUCCACCUGGUGCUAUGGGUCUCACAGGCCGACCGGGGCCGCUGGGUCUGCCGGGGAAUUCAGGAUUGAAAGGAGAUGCAGGUGACGCAGGACCACAGGGUCCCCCUGGGAUAAUUGGGCCAGUUGGACCCCCAGGGAAAACUGGCAAGCGGGGUCGCUCAGGAGCUGAUGGCGCCAGAGGGCUCCCGGGGGAAACUGGACCAAAGGGUGACCGGGGCUUUGAUGGACUCCCGGGACUUCCUGGUGAGAAGGGGCAAAAAGGAGAAUUAGGGAAGCCAGGCUCACCUGGAGCUCCUGGUGAGAAUGGAGCUAAGGGCUCAGAUGGUAUAUCAGGCGCCGGAGGACAGUCCGGGGAAUCU